CAAGCGGCGAGAGAGAGAGUGUGCGUGCAGGCUGUCCUGCUCGCACUGCCUUUCACCAGCAAGCCGUCUGCCUCGGCAGCAGCACAGCACCGCGCAGCACAACCAGUUGCAUACACCGUGAAGCGAUGGUCGUGUGGAAAGGUUUUACGUGGCAAAGUAGGCUCCCUCGCGGGACGGUCGUGCUGUAUGUUUUAGUGUUUUGUCAAUUGUACGUUCUUGUUGGGACGCAACAGCACCAGCAGCAGCAGCAACAACAUCCUCCACCUCAGCAGCAGCAGCAGCAACAACAUCCACCACCGCAACAGUAUCAGCAGCAGCAGCAGCAGCAACAGCCUCCACCACAGCAGCACCAGCAGCAACAUCCUCCUCCCCAGCAGCAACAGCCGCCUCCACCCCAACAGCAACAACAGUUCCAGCAACAACCGCCUCCCCAGCAGCAGCAACAACAGUUCCAACAACCGCCUCCCCAGCAGCAGCAACAACAUCCACCACCUCAGCAGCAGCAACAACAAUUCCAGCAACAACAGCCACCUCCCCAACCGCAGCACCACCAGCCAUCGCCGCCGCAGCAGUUCCAGCAACAACAACAACAACAUCCGCCUCCUCAGCAAUUCCAGCAGCACCCGCCUCCGCAGCAACAGUUUCACCAGCAGCCACCUCCGCACGAGCUCGGCGGACAGCACCAUCCACCGCCGGUAGUGUCGCUGCAGGACAUCCCCGAGCACGACCGACCAUGGUACGAAAUGCUGCCAGCGGUCGCGAUGGACUACAAGGUGCACAUCGAUGCCGGCAAGGAGGAUUGCUACUUCCAGUACGUCCAGCAGGGCAGCACGCUGUACGUAAGCUUCCACGUAAUCCGGGGCGGUGACGGGAUGGCCGGCUUUGCGGUGCGCAAUCCGCGCGGCGAAAUUGUCCACCCGUACCAGUGGCAGGCGUCGAGCGAUUACACCGACGGUGCGGCCAUGGGCGGCUUCUACGCCGUCUGCAUCGACAACCAGUUUUCGCGCUUUGCCAGCAAGCUGGUCAACCUGUACAUUACCGUGAUCCGGUACGAGGAGUGGGAAAAGUUCACCAAGGAGAUCGAAGAUUUGAACGUCAACAUGAACAACUUUACGGGCACCAUUUCGACGGUGGAACGGAACCUGAACGCCAUGUUCCAGUAUCAGGCCCACUCGCGCAACAACGAGGCCCGCGAUUAUGCGCUGAUUCUGGACAACAAUGCGUACAUCUGGAAGUGGUCCGUGCUGCAGAUCCUGGUGAUCGUGUUCACCACCUCGGUGCAGGUGUACUUUGUCCGGAAGCUGUUCGACAUCAAGACGGGCAGUGGCAAGAGCCGCAUUUAGACGCGCGAAGCAGGAGAACGGGGCGCAGGAACUGACUGCUGUUGUUCUAGUAUUGUUACUUAAAAUGUUAAAUAUGCCGCCUGGUGUGUGGCAUCCGGAAUCACGCACACACGGACCAACGAACGCACGCAACAGACACAUUCCCCUUCCCCCCCCCCAGGGCGGCCAGAUUGUAUUACAGCCGGUCGAGAAAAUGUUCUUCCAAUUCCUUCUACGUUAAUGUAACUUGCUUCCAUUGCAGUACAGCAAAAGAUUGAUUUCGCAUCCUUAUCUGUCAGGGUUUGUGCAAGUGAAAAUACAAUCGAUUGCUUUUGUUGUGCACUCCA